GCGAUCGCAGCCCAGCAACUCGGAAACAUAGCGUGCAACCUGGGCUACGCAGCGUGGGAGGGCUUCAAGGUCUCGGGGGACCGAUUCUGAACUUGCAGGGGGCCGCCGUUCUCCCGGGCCUGGAGAUUGUGAACAGGAUUGCAGAUUUACAAUGACAUGGUGAACCCAAAGGCUGGAACCAAAACGAUUUUCUCAGCUCUUUAGUUUAAACGACAGUGAGUUGAGUUGUCUACCAACACCCAGAAUGGCUAAAAGUGCAGAGGUCAAACUGGCAAUAUUUGGAAGAGCAGGCGUGGGCAAGUCAGCUCUCGUGGUGAGAUUUCUGACCAAACGGUUCAUCUGGGAAUAUGAUCCCACUCUCGAAUCAACUUACCGCCACCAAGCAACCAUCGAUGAUGAAGUUGUCACCAUGGAGAUACUAGACACUGCUGGUCAGGAAGACACCAUCCAGAGGGAAGGACACAUGCGAUGGGGGGAAGGCUUUGUGCUGGUCUACGACAUUACUGACCGGGGAAGUUUCGAGGAAAUGCUGCCCCUUAAAAACAUUCUGGAUGAGAUCAAAAAGCCCAAGAAUGUGACUCUCAUCUUGGUUGGAAACAAAGCUGACUUGGACCACUCCAGACAGGUUAGUACAGAAGAAGGGGAGAAGUUGGCCACAGAAUUAGCCUGUGCUUUUUAUGAGUGUUCUGCCUGCACUGGAGAAGGGAACAUCACAGAGAUAUUCUACGAGCUGUGUCGAGAGGUGCGUCGCCGGAGGAUGGUCCAGGGCAAGACAAGGCGACGCAGCUCCACCACGCACGUCAAGCAAGCCAUUAACAAGAUGCUCACCAAAAUCAGUAGUUAGGCAGCUCCGUUCUUGUGAAGGUCCUACUGAGGUGGGUCAGCUGAUUGGAAACACUUCCAUGCCCUUCCCUCUUUUUUCUCCUCCCAAAUAAAAGAAAAUACACCAUUCUUUGCUCUGACUCUGGGAAGUGUCUGGGUUUCCCCCUGUUCCCAGCCUCUUGUCUGUUGAGAAGUUAGAGUGUUUUAUGAAAUACAGUGCUGGCAAUUACUCCCUUUCCUGCUUGAAUAAAAUGCGCUUUAUUGCAGUGUGAACAUGUAAUCAUCAGAGAUUCUGAAAUAGCUGAGUUCAUAUUAAGCUAUUUUUAGGCAUUUUCACUUUGCUUCAGUAGGUUGAGUUCUUUUCAAAGGCAUUUUCAAAUUUCAUUUCUUGUCAAAGUCUACCAAUGGUCACCUUAAAAGUCUAACACAAUAGAAAAUACAGCAAAAAUACAGGAACAGUAGCUGAAAUAUUGGAGCAAGGAAUAGAUUUUUCUGAAUUAUUAUAAAUCAUCUAGUUUUCCUUUAACCCUUAUUUUGUUCUUAAAUUCAAACCACAUUCUCACCAAGUUUCCCAAUAGGUGAUAAGAGUUCCAUUUCAAUUCGAGUUGGUUCUCUCAGUGGUCUAUGGACCAUCAUACCCUGAUUCUCCUUCUGCAGCUCCAACAAUAGCUCCUUAUAAAGAGGCCGCAGGACCGCUCAAUUCAGACCCUGCGGGUCCCUUUCUCAACAAGCCCAGGGUAAUGUAAAGACACUAGAAAUCUUUGCACCAAACUCUGACUUUAUUGAAGCCAACAGAGGACUUAGAAUGAGAGGUGUCUGCUUCAUUUCUCUCUCUGCGUACCACCUUAACUGCGUACCACCUAACAAUCCAAAAAGCAGGAAAAUUAAGAAUGAAGCCAAACGACCGUUCCGCUGGGGAGCCAAGGCUUUGUGCUAGACACAGUAAGAAAAAAUGGCCUCUGAUUCCUUACAUUGGUUACAUGACAUCCAAUACAGAGUCAGGCAAAAGUAGGUUUACAGCUGUUCAUAUGGAAAAUAAUACAAUAAUUAGUAAAUAAUAAUACAAGAAUAAACUCUGUUUCACAUACUCAUAACUGUUAACCUACUUUUGCCCCACCAUGUACUUUGAAUAAAUUCAUUUAUUUAGGAUAAUUCAGAAAAAAAUGAGUGAUUAAAUUUCACUAUACCUGAAUAAAUGUGUAUACAACAGAUUCUUAUAUUGUGAAAAUACAGUCUGUAACUGAUAAAAUUUUGUGAUUCUUUUUUCCUUAUUAUGCCCCUAUGUAUCAAGAUUUGGGCACUUUAUUUUAGAAGAAAAUAUAUAUCUUUUACAUAUGUGUGUAUUUAUAAAUGCAUAGAUAUAUGUAUAAAAAUUUGUAAGAGUUGGAGGCUUUAAUUCACCAAUGCAUUUGGACAACUUGGUGUAACUAUUUUAUGUGAAUAUAAUAAAAAACAUAAUUUUCACAUUC